GUGAUAUCAACGGAUUUGUCCUCCUUAAAAAAAUAGAUAUUUAAACACUCUCUUCCCUUCUUUUCUUUUUCUUUUUCUUUUUAACUCUUGAUAACUUAAUGACACCAGUCAGCAUCUUCACCAAAGUAAAUGGAACUCAAGACGAUUAUCUUUUGAGCUUGCAUUCAGUACGUGACAGAUGUUUCAAAGUUCAAGAAGCAGCAGGAAAAAAUAGGCUUCAACAUUUUGAUAUUGAUGCCUCAAAAUUAAACGAUAUGGCACAAUUUGUGAUUGCUCUUAUUAAACGAGACUAUGACGAUCCUUCUAAAAUUCCAGUUUAUGGUUGUUGGCGCCACUUUGAUACAGGUGGACGUCCUCGUAUUCAAACAUUAAUAAGUACUUGGGCUAGUCUCGGUAUUGAUCGCACUGAACAGACCAGACGGGUUCUGGACUUAUUUGUCCUUACUGUCUUGCUUGAUUUUGAUCCCGGCAAUCAAUACGUAUUUCGAGAAUCAACUACAAACAUUGCACUCAAGAAAAGAGAAGGUAUUGCUGUAGCCAUUCUAGAAAUGUUUGUGCAAGGCGUUUUUUCCACAAGCCCUAAUCAACCUCAUCGAGUGGACUCGGAAGCAUUGAUGCAUUUGACUCUACAAGAUUUAUUGACUGGGUUCAAAGUUGUUUCCCCUGAAACGUUGAUUGGUUUAAAGGAACGGUUUGAACUCUUAAAGCACCUGGCUCAAGUACUACAACGCCGUCCUGACUACUUUAGCGGAGAAGAAGGUCAUAUUCCGCGGCCAGGAAACAUGAUAGAUUAUCUUGUAUGUCAUCCGACUACUAUCAAGACCAAAAAAGGACUCUUAAUUCAUUUAGAAACACUUUGGCCAAUUGUUCUUGAGAUGAGCGAGUUGUGCAUAAAAAACGAUGGUGCAAAUCAAUUAGGAGAUGUCUGGACAUAUCCUAGUAUGGGCUCAAGUCAAUCUAUCUCAUUUCACAAUCUUUCUCAAUGGAUGAUUUAUUCUUUAAUCGAACCUAUGGAAAAACUUUUGGGGGCCGUAUUCGAAGGAACCGAACAACUUACACCUCCUUCUAAUUAUUCAAAUGGUGGUCUUUUGAUAGACUGUGGCUUUAUUACAUUGAAGAAAAAAGACUAUGAACGAGGUAUAGCCAUGUAUCGUCAAAAUUCCCUUUUACCUGGCCAGCCCAAGGUAGAAGUGGCACCUAUGUUUGAGGUAUCAGACCCUGUUGUAGUGGAAUGGCGAGCACUAACUACUGCUUAUGUGGAUUUGAUUGCUGAACGUGUAAGGUCCGUUUUGAAAAUGAGUAAAAAAUCAUUAUCGUUGUCGCAAAUUAUCCAAGGUGGCACUACUAGUGCUGGUAGAGAAUUGGCAGAGAUUUCUCGUCCUAAUACUCAAGAACCCCCAAUUAUUAUUAAAGUAAGUGACAUAAUAAAAAAAUUUCUGAAUUGACCCUGAUCAUAGUGUACUGAAAAUAAUUUCAUAAG